AUGGUUGAGCACCACGAAAAUAUCAUGCAGGGUGCUUCACUGGGUACCUGGCUUUUCCUGUUAGCCUUUUGUACGCAACAAUCUGAGACAAAAGAACUGCUUGUUGGUAUCAUCUACGACGAACAUUUUGACAAUUCAAUUUUUCCACUUGAGAGUGCACUUCAAAACAUAAGCCGAGUACUUCCCCGUCUCACACUGAAGAUUAUGAUGUCCCAAAGUGGAAAAGUAGCACCGAAGCUUACAUUUUUAGUUCGCCCGUAUGGUCUUAAUGAAGUGUGCAAGAUGAUGAGCUCCAACGUGCGUCUGAUCAUCAGUCUGACCAGCUGCGUCGUGGCUCGACUGAUAGAGGUGACCACGUCAAAGCACAGGUUGAUUCAUGUGGCCAUAGCACAACCAAUGUGUCCGGAUAUCGACUGGGAUGAGAAAGGGAAUGAAACGACCACAAUUUGGAUACAACCUCGACCGGACUAUGUCGCGCUGAUGCUGAAGAAGCUGGCUCAAAUGGAAAAGCCACAUCGAGGAAUUAUUUUAACAAAUGGACCGACGUCCACUCCUGCACGGAUGCUGCUCGCACUGUCCCAGUCUGCUCUGGGCGGGCGCUACUCUCAGGAUAUCUAUCCAAGUAAGGUGUAUAGCCUGAAUCGCGGUCGGGAUCGCACCAUCUAUCCAACUCUCCCGGGAACACCAUCUCUAGACACUGUCUUGUUUGAGCUGGGCGGUAAUCAUACUUGUGGAGAAGUGACAACCUAUGCCUACAUAUUCACCGCGGAACCUCAUAUUCAACACGAACUGAACACGAUUGCUCAACACGAAAGGUUGUUCAUGAAACACGUGUGGAUUUUUGCUGAGCGACUGGAAAUGCCUGUCGCUAAGGUUAUCAAAGCUUUACCUGCGAACAUCACUCAGUAUAUCAACAUGGGUUUCAUCAGGUACACCCCGUAUCUGAAUGAUGAAGAUUGGACCAUGGCUCUGCAGUGGCUCCCUCAAGAUAUCCGUGAGAAGCACCGGAUUGAUUUACUGGAUAUUCCAGAACGCGUAUUGUGGAUUAUGAAAUCGGUGUUCAUUUUCAUCUGGGCACGGUUGAUAAACGAGCACCAUGAUGAUGUGAAACCGUUGGACUGUUACAAAGCCCCUCACAAUAUCUACGAUCGGGGUGUGAUAACGCGUAACUGGAUGAAAGAGGUGUUUGAAUCAUCGUUUGAUAGCUACAAAUUUUACUCGUUACAAGUACUCGAGAAUGGAACAAAACAGUUCCGCGCCACGGCCGAUUUAAGCACCACGGGUAAGCUAACUCUGACUCCGCUUGGAGAUCGAAUUCUACAGAAAACCAUCAUUUCCGGGCUUUUCGCGAAUCAGUUUCACGGAUUUCCCGAUCGCGAGAUUCGUGCCGGAGUGAUUGAAGAAGAACCACUUGUGAUUGGUGGAACACGACUGACAGACGGGGUUUUGGUGAAUGCUACCGGAAUGAUCAUCGAUAUGCUGGACAUACUGUCCGAGAAAUUUUCCUUCCGAUACAAAGUUGUCCUCUCCAGUGACGGUCUGUUUGGAACGCAGGAGGAAAACAAAUCUUGGUCUGGUCUGAUAGGGGAUUUGAUCGACAAAUCAAUCGCGAAUAUCGUUCACCCGUUAAUGCUACAGGGCCCAUCGAUAGACCGAAUGACCGCGGCUUUGGUGACCACUGUAGAAAAAAUGACCACAUUCGAGUGCCUCACAUUUCAGCGUAUUGACCUAAUCGCGACUCCACUGACUGUUACGGAGGAACGUUCGAAAGUGAUUCAUUUUCUCACCUCAUUUAUGGAUGACAGUGUUGGCAUUCUGGUAUCCCCGUCCACGAGUAAUAGCGGAAUGUUUCUCGUGGUGCGACCGUUUUCUCCGGGAGUGUGGAUUUUACUGAUCGUAAGCAGUUUCGUGGCUGGUUCGGUGGCAUUCAUGUUCUGGCGAUUCAAUCUCAUGACUAGAGAGAGAUCAAAUCAAACGCAUGUGGACCGACCCAGUCAGUCGUUGUCUGACAUCAUAUGGAACUAUAUUCAAUGUUUUCUGUUCAGAAGUGCCGAACGAAUUCCUACCAUCAAUUCUGGUCGAAUUGUGCUCAUGCUAUUCUGGACCUUGAUCAUCCUGAUGCACUCGUUCUGGCAGGCCGAUAUCACAGCACAUCUGACGAAAGAAGUGGUUCAAGUGCCGAUAAACACUUUGGAAGAAUUAGCCGCACACAAAAAAAUGCAACCCCUACUGAUUCGUGGGACCGCAAUCUAUAGCAUGUUUCAGCACGCUGCCCCGGGAACACCGUAUCAACGAAUUUUCGAGAAAUAUCUCGCCCACGGACGACAAGCAUGGAACAUGUCUGCUGCCAUAGAUCUGCUUUUUGGCGAUCCCCAAUUAGCAUUGGUCGGUGAUGUGCACUUGCUUCGGCACGCGGUCAAUAAUCAUUGUGGUAGAUUGGUACUCUCCGAUCGUUACGAAUGGCAUAGCAAUCUGGGAUUUGCUACAUUGCCUAAAGUUAGCUUCAGUCCACCGCUAACCAAAUACAUGAACUACUAUCUGGUUCUCCUUCUAUCCGGUUUUAUUGGAGGUGUGAUUUGCCAAGAGGUGGACAUGAUUCGAGUGGGUGUCAUAUAUGAUGAGUAUUUUGACAAAGACCAAUUUGAUCUGGAAGUUGCCCUGAAUAGCUAUUUGCCUAUCAUGAGCUAUGUACUUGAACAAUCAUUCACAAAUGGGAGCUCGUACGAAAGUCCAGAAUGGGUUCUUACUGUGAGAAAAUUCUCCCUUGAAGAAGUGUGUUCCCUAAUCGAACUUGGUGCUCGGAUGAUUGCCAGUCUGACAAGUUGUUCAGUGGCCCAGUAUAUCGACUCGAUUACAAGCAGGCAUCAUAUUUUACACUUUGCAAUCCCGCGCCCAAUGUGUUUGGAACGACCGAGUGUGCCGAAUGGGGACAUCAUGCAUACCAUAUGGUAUCAACCGGAUACACAGAAUUUAGCCAAUGCAUUGUACCAGAUCAACGAGUUUGAAAAUGCUGGUCGCGGUCUGAUUUUGAGUAAUGGACAAAGUAGUUUACCGAAAAUUCUACUAGAAAUGUCCAGUGAAGCAAUUUCUCUCGGACGAAAAUUCAAACCAAUAUAUGUGACGCAAGAUUUUGCAACAGUAGACGACGAAAAGUCCGGAUUCCCGGGAACUUCGACUGACCGAAUUUCUUUGGAUAGUAUCCUCAACGCUUUGGCUGACACAACGGGGACGUCAAGCGGGGCGCCAAGCCUGAGUCAUGUAAUCGUCAUGGCUCCUCGUUCCGGUGUGCUAGAGGUACUAGACAAGUUGGUUUUAUACUCCUCUGUGGCAAAGAAAUACAUGUGGAUCUUCGGUGAACCGAUAGAUAUCCCAAUCAAGACAAUGCUCAAACUUUUGUCCGCGCAUCCAAUCAAGACGAUGAAUGUGGCUUUUUUCCGUUAUUUGCCCAUACUACAUCAAGAGGAUUGCAAUGAUGAUAGUAUGAACAAAUUACUGCGUGACACGGCUAUUCACUUUGGGUCAUGCGAUUACAGUCCGUUACCGCUCGGCAUUCUUCACCGGUGGUCUGCAUUAGCAUUUUACGCUUUGGAAACGGACACUCAAAACACAACACGAUUUGUGAACACUGCGCAUUAUGCAGACGGUCAAAUCUCACUGACCACCGACGGUGCAAUUGUUGCAGAACAAGCACUGGUUUCCGGUUUAUUUCCGAAUCGUUUCCGUAAUUUCACCAAUAACAUGCUCACCGUUGGAAUGGUUUUGAUCCCACCUUUUGUUAUGGACUAUGAAAUAUCUACAUAUGGUUAUGUAACAAAAGCGCGUGGAAUGAUGAUAGACUUGUUGGAUAUUCUGGCUCAGCGAUUCUAUUUUCGUUACCGAAUUUAUCCGGCUAGAGACGGUCAUUUUGGGGAAUUUUCUCUGCGCGGUGAAUGGACCGGACUGAUCGGUGAUCUGCAGGCAAAGCGUAUAGAUUUAGCUGCUUCCUGUCUUCUUCAAAAUAAAAAGCGUGACGAACUCGGUGCAUUUCUCGGCCACGUUCUGGAUGGGCGCAUCGCCAUCUUAGUAGCCAAACCCACCACAGAGGGCAAACUGUUUCAAGUGUUUCAAAUCUAUCAGCCCUACGUGCUGGCCAUGUUUCUAUUCACCGCCUUGGUUACCACUGGUUUAAUAUACGUGUACGACCGUUUCAGUCCGUACAGCAGUCGAAAUCAAACACCACCGGAAGAACCAAUUUCUGAAUAUUCCUAUUUCAUUGAAUCAUUGUGGAAUAUUUUUAAGUGUAGUUUCGGUCGAAGCAUGUUACAAUGCCCCAUUAACCCAUCCUCCCGCGCUAUGUGCUUGGUGUACUGGACGAUAGUAACCUUGUUGUUCAUCGCAUGGCAGGCUGAUAUAACAUCUUAUUUGACAAGAACAAACUAUAAGCCACCGGUUCAGUCCCUUGCGGAAUUGGCUGCAGAUACCACACUAAAACCCUUGAUCAUACGAGGAACCGGGAUCAAGGAAUUUUUCGAGGAAUCCAAUACACAACCAGUUUACCAGGAGGUUCUUCGCAGGAUAAUUGACGAUAACUUGAUUGUUCCGAAUACAUCGGUCGCCAUAUCCAAAGUUCUGGAUGAUUCAUCAUAUGUUGUCGUUGGAGAUUACGAAACGCUGCGUUACGCACAAUUGAGCUACUGUAAGAAGUUGUUGGUUGUCAACACCGGAGUGAGCAUGGGACAGCAGUCACUGAUGGCUCUCAAAGACGUGGACUGGGUUAAACCUUUUUCAACUUAUUUAGGGCAACUUAAAGAAAACGGAAUUAUCGACGCGUUGAGUAAACGAUGGUGGGAUCUCAAUUCGGUGUGCACUGUGGGUGCCCUAAAUUAUCGAUCGUUGGACUUGCAAGCCCUAGAAGAGUUGUUUAUUUUGUUGUCCGCAUUCAUCGGCAUGGCUGUGCUGUUUCUCUGUCUGGAAUGGCUGUGGUCCGGUGUGAUUUGGGUUCAGAUCAAACGAAGACUGGAGAAGAAAGCCGCGAGGCGGGCUCGGCUAGAGAGACGUAUGAGACGUGCAAACGCUUCCGAGGGGGAGAAACAACAACAACCGAACGAUGACGAUGAAGCUAUCGACUUAGAUGAUUCGGAGUCCAGUGGCUUAGAAGAUCUGGAAUAG